UAGCUAGUGACACAGCGAGGAUCUGGGUUUAUGACCGUAAUUUCGUCUCAUUUCGUGCACGCUGCACUCUCAAAAUGGCCCACUGGCGACGCCUGAUGGACGUAUCAAGGCGGAGCAUCUGUCGGAGGUGUGGCCUACCGGAGGCCCUACAGGAUCCGUACAGACUCUGGGACACCCUUCCCUGUCCUCCACCAUGGAACAAGGAGAUCAUCUUCUCCACGGAAUGGAAUCGGCGGCUCGGACUGGAGGAAGGUCUACGAAUCAUUUUCAGGAUAGCAAGACGGUGCAACAUCACCACACCGGAUACACACCAACUUCCGGGGCGCGUGGCGGCGUCCAUGAUUCUGACGUCAUGUGAAGUCGGAUGUCGCAGUGCUGUAGUACUCACGUGCCUGAUUCUCCUUAUCGCUGGCGUCAUCAUAGUGGCUUACCUAAUAUACACAUCGGAGCGCCACCGGAAGUUGACAAUCGCUGGUAAAAAAGAGAAACGACACUGGAAGUCGGCGCCUCCGGAGAGGAAGGCAAACGAUGACAGGAGCCAGGUGUCAUUUGGGGGACAAACGGAAGUGAAGAACGACAUUUGCAGACGAGAACUCUACGUGACGCUAGAGGGCGUUGGAGGGUCGCCGCCUACAGGAGAAAAUGUUAGGUUCAUGCACCACUGCCAGUUAAAUACUUAUGGAAAUUUACCGGACAUUCCUGUGGCAGGGCAUUCAAAUCUAAAUAUAGCAAUGAAAGGUCAAGGUCAAAGUGAUGGAAAUUCCCCGGAAUCUCCAACAGUUGGCACUUUUAAUCUUAACAUGAAGAGUGGAGAUCGUAGGGAGUCCUAUGAACAUUAUUAUGAAACCCUCGGUAGGAAAUCGUCAGCAAAAUCAAGCAUCAGCGACGACUAUAAAACGUUUCGAGACAGCAGUGUGAAACUGGAAACUCCCUCAGUGGAUGACGCACGGACUAAUGGCGAAGACAAGUCGCCUGUAGAUCAUCUGUAUGAAACCCUUUCCUUACGUAACGGUCUUAGGUGCAACCUGGACUUUCCUUCGUGUGGCAAAAGCGUGGACACGCCACUAGCGGGAAAUGUUGUAAGGCGAUGGGAGUACCAAGCCACGCUUAAUCGUAAAGCUCGAGUAAAGUGGACGGACGCCCUCGAAGGGUGAAAUACGACUACAAAGAUUUACUUUAUUUAAGUGUCUGUUAAUUUUUAAUAUACAGGGUAUGUCUGAAUGUAUUUAAUAUGGACGCGCUCAUAAUGAUUUAGUUUACCGAACUUAUGGAAGUGUGACCACUAAUGAAUGUGUUUUUAACAAUAUGAAUCCACUUACAGAUUAAAGAACAAAUGCUGAAUGCUGUGAAUCAAAUAUUGAUUUGCGGAAAAUGAUGUAAUGAAUGAGUCAAAGUGAUUAACAUAUUAAGUUAUUUAACUGAUUUAUCAUGAAGAAACUGAAACGUUAUACAGUUUGUUGGUUUUCGUUUGAGAUUGUGACGUCAUAUAGGUUGUCAGUUGUAAUUGGAACCCUUAGUACACAUUUAAGAGGUACUUAUGUUUUACCUUGCUAAAGAUUUUCUUUUAUAAAAUAUGAUAUUGGUACAAAAAUAUUUAAUAUAUAUCAGUAUUGCUAUUUAUAAAUGACUUGCUCUAUAUACAUCACUGUAAGUAAGUCCUAUUUCUUAAGCCCUCAAAUUUCACGUUAAUUCACAAAGAGAAAAACCUUGAAAUUUGUAUUUCUCCCCAGUAUGUUUUCAGGCUUAAGUAAAAAGACAUAUAACAGUUGGUGUUUCAUUCACGAAAUGAAAUCAUCGUUAAAAAAAUAUUUACGAAAAAUAUCUGAAAAUAGAGAAUAACGAAGCAAUCAUAUUAACAGAUAUUCCCAUACUUUACUGUUGAUCAAAAUACGAAUGUACACGCAUCUCUUUGCUAUUACAACAAGACUAAGACAAGUGGUGAAACAUAGAAUGUAUGUAAGGUUAGAAGUAGCACCCGUUUUUCUUUAGAUGAGAAGCGCAUAAGCCAUGCAGACGUACAGAGACAGAGGUAUCAUGGGUGUCGGCUAUGCAUGAUUGGCAGGUUACGUGUGAUCUGACUGGUUUUACAAUAUGAAGAGAGAUGGGUUUCGUAUGAUUGAAGACACUGCCUAUGUAACGAUCUUAAUAAAUAUAUAUAUAAAUAUACAUAAAACAUAAAUUAUCAUGUGUCCAUUUCAGUAACAUUCCGUAACUUAUAUUGGCCUACUAUAACUGGCAUGUGUGUAUUCCGUCUGCGUAUUGCAGAGUCAUCUUCUCUUGGGAGCAGGUAUUGACUGUUACGUCACUUGUUUGUGAGAAUGACGUCAUCAAUUUUUGAGAAA